AUGACUGGAAAAAUAUUUUAUGGUGUACAGAGUGGGCUUGCAUUUGAAUCCGAACGAAAUCCUUUGAUGCAACAAGAUUGUCAUGAGAGGGAAUGGUUGGGAGGUUACUUGGUUCCUAUUUUUCAAGGUGAUUUGAGCAUUUUAGAAGAAAGGGUAGAUCAUGGCCAUUUGACAGUUCUGCUGUGUUCCACUGAUUCUUAUGAAAUGUUAUGUUUAUUGGCCUGUGACAAUAUGCAAGAUAAGUAUUAUAAUAAUACUAAAAAAGAUGAUAAAACGUGUUUAUAUACAAUAGGACUCCAACAAUAUAAGUCAGAAGUUCAUGUUUAUUUAAUGGAAAGACAUGAUGUUUAUCAACUUCAUCUUAUUAUUAUCAAAACAUUUGAUAUUCCUUUAACAUUUACAACAUUUCAUAUUUUGCGUAUCAGUCUGGGUUGGGCCUGGAUAUUCGGUUUGCAGGGACUGGUGAAUAAUUUAUUAGAGAAACUGAUUGAUAAUGCAGAAAUGGGUUUAGUUACUCCUCAAUGGAUCUCAAUGGAUUUCAAAUGA